GAUCAUUUUUCCAUUUGUUUCGACACUAGAGAGCAGUGAAGCAAGCAAUGGAUUCCCUCCCUCUCCAUGUCUGUCAUGUCCACAAACUAUCCAUUCUUCUAAACCGAGCAUACUUACUUGUCCACUCUGCGGCUUUGGCUUUCUUGAUUUACUACAGAGUCUCUUUUCUCUUCCAAGUCCCCAAUACCAGAACCGCGCCAGUGCUACCAUGGCUUCUUGUGUUCGCUUCUGAACUUCUCCUCUCUUUCAUAUGGCUCCUCGGCCAAGCUUUUCGAUGGCGACCUGUUACCCGGACAGUCUUUCCAGAAAGAAUACCGGAAGACGAUAAGCUCCCAGCCAUUGACGUGUUCAUAUGCACCACAGAUCCAGACAAAGAACCAACUGUGGUGGUGAUGAACACUGUGUUAUCAGCCAUGGCGCUGGACUACCCCCCCGAGAAGCUUCACGUGUAUCUUUCAGAUGAUGGUGGUUCUCCUCUGACUUUUCAUGGAAUAAGGGAAGCUUGGAGGUUUGCAAGGUACUGGCUUCCUUUUUGCAGGAGGUAUGGAAUCAAGACCGGGUGUCCAGAGCUUUAUUUCUCCGCUCUAGCUGAUGAUAUAGGCUUUGGGAGUUCUGAAUUCAUGAUACAGCGCCAAAAAACUAAGGAAAGGUACGAGAUGAUGAAGGACUCUAUAACACAAGCAAGAGAAAGAUGCGGGCAAGGCCAUACGAGGAGCAAUACUGCUCGAGAUCACCCUUCAGUCGUUGAAGUGAUGCAGGAUGAGUCCAAUUAUGACACGGUACCAGUGCUAGCCGACAAAACUAAGAUGCCUCUCCUCGUCUACGUUUCUCGUGAGAAAAGGCCAACUCAUCCCCACCAUUUUAAGGCUGGUGCCCUCAAUGUCCUUCAACGGGUAUCAAGUAUAAUAAGCAAUUCACCCUACAUUCUAGUGCUGGAUUGUGACAUGUAUUGCAAUGACCCGACAUCAGCAAGGAAAGCAAUGUGUUUCCACCUUGAUCCCAAGGUAUCAAACUCGCUCGCAUUCGUUCAAUUCCCUCAAAGAUUCCAUAAUAUCAGUAAGAACGACAUCUAUGACAGUCAGCUGAGAUCAGUAUUUUCGGUGCAAUGGGAAGGUUUAGAUGGGCUUCAGGGACCCGUCUUGUCUGGUACGUGCUUUUACAUGAAGAGGGUUUCGUUAUAUGGAAGUACCAUAGAUGAAGGUUGGAUUUUUUUAGUCUAUUCGGCAUUUUUAUCUAUUGCUGAUGAAAUACUACGUAUUCUUGCCGAUUGCUUAUCUCCAUUAACUCCACUUCACUUUGCAGAUAUGGACCUCGAGGAACUUAAACGAUCAUUUGGUUCAUCCGACGAAGUAAUCAAAUCUGUUCGCCAAAUCUACAAGCCGAAUGUGAUCAAUGAUCAGCUUAGUUUGCAAAAAGUGACUCAAUUACCAGCGGCCUCCUGUUCAUAUGAAACUGACACUAAAUGGGGUAAAGAGGUUGGUUUCUUAUAUGAUUCUGUGGUGGAAGAUUACUCAACAGGGUUCAGGUUACAUUGCAAAGGUUGGACUUCCGUUUAUUGUGAUCCAUCGAGGCCACAAUUCUUGGGAAACGGCACCACGAGUCUGAAUGACCUCUUAAUUCAAGGCACGAGAUGGAGCACCGGGUUGAUAGACGUCUGUUUCUCAAAGUUCUGCCCUCUCAUAUACGGACCACCCAGAAAUAUUUCUAUUCUCGAGACCAUGUGCUAUGGAGAACUUGCAUUUACCCCUCUUUAUUGCUUGCCAUUAUGGUGUUUUGCCACCAUUCCUCAGCUCUGUCUUCUUAAUGGAAUUCCCUUGUACCCGAAGGUCUCAAAUUCUUUUUUUGUCGUCUAUGUGUUCGUAUUUCUAUCGGCUAUUUCUAAGCAUUUGUACGAGGUGCUAUUAACCGGAGGGUCAUUUCGAACCAUGCAAAAUGAACAGAGAGUAUGGAUGAUCAAGUCAGUCACAUGUCACUUGUACGGAAGCCUCGAUUCCAUUAUGAAGAAGAUAGGUAUGAGGGAAUCCAGUUUCAUGCCAACCAACAAAGUUGACGACGAUGAACGAGCCAAGCUUUACCAAGUGGGAAAAUUUGAUUUUCAAACAUCAAACAUGUUUCUUCUUCCUAUGGUUGCUCUAGUCAUCUUGAACACGGCGGCCUUCGUUGGCGGACUUGUUAGAGUGAUCUUUGUUGGCGACUGGGAUAAGAUGUUUGUGCAACUUUUCAUCUCCUUGUAUGUCGUAUUUAUGAAUCUCCCAAUAAUUGAGGGCAUGAUAAUAAGAAAGGACAAGGGACGCAUUCAACCAUCGGUCACUCAAUUAUCUGUCAUAAUGUCUAUUCUUUUCUUGUUCUUGGGAUCUAUUAUUAUCUCAAUUGUUAGCUACUAAGAUAUAGUACAGUACUAUUUAGCAGCUAGCUCUAGUUUAUUCUGUGUACGUGCGUUGAUCAAAAGGACUUCUUUUAUGUUGUA